CGGAAGCGAAGGCGAAGCGAAACGAAAAAAACUCGAAUAGAUUUUCUGAUCACAGUCCUUGUGAAUUUUGAGCAGCUAAAUUCGUGCUUUAAAACCGUGAAAAAAUCAUUGAAAACUGAUAAACUAUAAAUAACUAUAUAGAAAAAACAUUUAAAAACUAAAUACAAGUUGUGAAGUGAGUGAUUUGAUGCAGAAAAUGUGUUGAAAAUUUGGCCCACAGAAUGAAAAAAUAAGUGGAAGAAGAAUUGGUGACAGUGCUGUGUGUAAAUGUGCAAAGCAGAACAAGGAGUACGACAGCAAGUUAAAAAGGCGAAGCACGUAUGUAGAUUUUUGUGCGUAGCUGUAAGCUGUAAUCAGUCAUCGAGCUGUUAAAAAUAGUGCAUUUAAACCAACGAGAAAAUAAAUGUUUAUCAUCGUGCGAUGGCGAGGUGAAACGCUUCAAAAUUGCUGUAAAUAAUUUGUGGAAAAUUGCUUUCACCAAGGCCAUAAAAACUGGACAAUUUUUUGCGGUGUUAGACCAAGUCGCGCCGUACGGAAAAUUGUGCGAAGUAUGCGAUAAGAAUAAGCGAAAAAAACAGCAUGAGUUUGAAAAUUUCGCCGUUUUUCAUAUUUUACUUUUGUGUAUGUUACGCAGCGAAAAAUAAUGUGAAUUGAUCAAAAACUUCUAAAUUCACAAAAAAAUGUAAAAAUCUUUUAAAAUUUAUAAUAAAACGGACAUAAAAAAAUACCGAACGAAAAAGGAUACAGAUGAAUAAAAAAAAAUAAACGUGGUUAGUCUAGUGCCGUUCUGAUGUAUCACUUGGGGGAAAAAUUGCUGAUAUGCAUUGAUUCUGUGUUAAAAUAGCCCAAAUGAACAAAAAAAUAAAUUGACGAAAAACAAUAUAGUACAACAUUUCAAAGAAACUCCACUGCAGACAUAGCAAUACCAUUUCAGUGGAAAGUCAAUUGUUACGUUACGAAGAACUGGCGCAGCCAUUAGCAGCUUUUGUGGUUACAUACGCCAACGUCGUCAUAGCCACGUACGCCUGUCGUGUGAACACCGGCUUUGGGAUAACAAACCUAACCACUCAACGCUGCAGAGUCGUACUGAUAUAAAUUGUAAUUCGUGUCACUACAUUUCAGCCGUCUAGAGUACACCGCCCAUCUGAAUAAUCGUUUGUUAUUUAUUUGGAUCCUUAUUUUCUCCGUAUAACAUAAAUAAAGAAAUUACUCACGAUUCCACGGCCAAUCACGUUAUACUCUUUCUAUUUUAAUGGCAUUUGUUGGCCCUUCUCCCCUUCUGGUGCAGAAAAAUGAACAAUGAAAUCAGUGGUAAGACUCUUUUAUCUGUCACCGCAUCGAUCGCCGCCGCCAUCAUACCUGACACACCUAUUGUGUCCAUAGCCGGUGCCACUUUAAGCGAAAUCACUACCACAACCACCUCGACAACCACGACACCAACGCCUAUAUCCUUUAUACCUUCAACGAAACUCAACAAAGACCAUAGUAUAGCCAAUUUGCCAAACAAUCCAAUGUCUGAUGCUGCUGUCACCAAGUCAGCAGGAGGCAACGGUAACACCACUGCCAACGCCACUGCAACAAAUAUAACAAGAGCCAACGACGCGCUCGCUGAUCCAGGUGGAAUAGCCGGUAAAAAUGCCACAACAGAGCAUCCAAUUAUUGUGAAUGCUGCCCAUGUUGGAAAAACAGAUGAAGCUACUACGAAUACAACAAUCGACACAAAGAAAUCUGAUGUCUCAGAUUUGGAAGAACCCGAUUUAAAAAAGCUACUUGAAGAGGCCUACACCUAUAAAACGCCCAAAGAUAAAAAAGAUAAAAGCGAAAUAUUUUUGGACUUGCUACAAAAAGUGGAAAAUGAAGAUCUGGGCAUAACAUCCACGCGUUCCGAUAGUCAUCGCCAUCACCCACACUCUCAAAAUCGGCAUCAGCAAAAACAGGGCGGCUCCCUGCAAGAUCUUCUACAGUUGCCACCCGAUUAUCGCCGCCAAAAUCACACAUCGCGCCACAAGAAGAACUCGUCGGUAUCAUCGCGCCAACGUGAAGGUGGCAGCUUGCCCAGUAACGUAAAUGUCGCCAAUUGUUUGCUAAGUAGCUUCGAACAGCAGGCGUCCGUCUACGCAGAUAAACGAGUUCGCCGUGCGAUUUUGCUAGGCGUGGAAACCGCAACAGUAGCUUUGAAUAGCAAUAAUACUUUGGUUGGGGUAGUUGGUGGCCCUAGCGGCGGGAAUAACGCAACCGGAGGACUAAGCACAAAUUCCAGUGGCAGUGGCAGCACAAACUCUACGAGUUUAUGCAAUAAGGAGGGUGGUAAUAGCAUUGGUGCUAGUGUUACGAGUGUCAGUGGAGGCAGUGGCAACAUGGCGACAACAGCGAGCGGCCAUAGUGUCGGUAGCACCAUGGCAACUGGCGCAGGUAUCGGCAAUACUGGAUUGAAAAACACCAAUCCCAAGAGUGGCAGCGGUGAUUACAUUAUUAAUAUCGGCGAUAUGAUAGAUAUACAGCAACAACAGCAAAUUUUGCCGUCAAAAGCACAAGACGGCGGGCAGGGCUUGCCGUAUUACGAGCGUGUGGACAUUGAUAUGCGUAUACCGCGUCCAAACUUGGUUCGCGAUGGUGGUGAUUUUGCGCCAACACGUUCGCAUCAUUAUGUCGACGAAGUGAUACGCUUUCAUCAAAUCGAUAGCGGAGAAGGCGGUUUGUGUGAGAGUGGUGAAGUGGCCAUUUCUGUUAACGCUCUUGGUAGCACACUGAAGUCAGCAGCUGCGUCCUGUUCCCUCCCGAUGCCGUUAGAUGAGCGUUAUCGGUCCAUUAAAUCGGUGAUGGGUGAAAAGGGCGAAGGUGCAGGCGCCAGUGUAAAUUCAGUAUCGACAGCAAAGAGUUCCACAUCUAUGGUUCCAAAUAGUGGCAGCUCCGGCAACAAUUCAAACAAUAGCGUGAGCAGUGGCGGUGGUAGCAACAGUAUUGGCAUUGGCAGUUACAGCAAAUCGCUGCCCCUCUCGCGUCAGACAGAUGAGAACGGCAAUGACUGUGAGCGUCAACAGCACAGCAGCAGCAUUGUGGUCAGCGCAGGGCAAUCGCAGGCGAAGGCCAAAGCUAAAAAGAAGCCACAAAAGGACAAUACCAUACCCGUCGAUGUGGAGAACGAGGCUGGAUAUCGCGGCAAAGAUCCGGUAGAGGUGUUGGUCAAAUUUAUCGAGAGUACAGAAGAGGACAGCAAACAGAGCGGUAGUGGUGGGGGCAGUGGCAACAGCAAAUUUGGUGAAAACACCAAAAAGAAAGAACGCAGGAAGGAAAAGGUGAAACAAAAUAAGAUGAAGAAAAGCAACUCGCUGGAAGAGUUACGCAGUUGUGCCAAAAUUGAUGUAGGCGAGCUGAAGCGGUCAGCCGCCACCACAGAAAGCAACAAUGUAACAAUGCGCAGCAAAGGAAGUGGCGGUGGCAAGGGUACUAAAAAUAACUCUGGCUCUACAGCGGAUAUAAAUAAGAAUUUCGAUGGAGGUAGCAAGGAAGUAGCAGCUACGGCUGCAGUCAGCUGUAGUAAGCAGGUACCCAUAGCGGCUACUACAACAGGAGCAACGCCAGCGAAUAAUCGCAAAGGCGAACGGCGUUCUUGGGGGACCGAGGAACUACAGUAUUUGGGCAUUGAGGGCAAUGUUGGCAAUGCUGGAGGCAACGGUGCCUCCAUCAACAUUGAAGAGAAGGUGAAGGAAAAAAAGGAUAAGAAAAGCAAGGAUAAAGAGAAGGAAAAGGACAAAGAUCGUGAUAUCGAAAAAGAGAAGGGAAGGGACAAAGAAAAGGAGAAAGAUAAAGACGGCGAUAGACAUGAAAAACCUACAAAUAAUAGAUUGGACAGUAAUGCGAAGUUGGAAAGGCAUGAUAGAAACGAAAAGAUCGAGAAGAUAGAAAAACAAGAAAAAUUGGAAAAGCCGGAUAAGCUGGAGAAACGCAAAAAAUCCGAAAGCUUGGUGCAGUUGUCCACCACUCCAACGAAAACUGCCACAAAUUUGGAACGUCAAAAUAGUCAACCCGCUAAUACUCCGGAUUUCUCUCCAAUCGAUUUGCUAUCGAUGAAUACACUAAUAUCAGAGACUGCGGAAUUCCAUGUUGUUACCAAGAAGAAGAAGCCAAAGAAGCAACGCGCUUCCAUCGACGAAACGCAUUGCACGCAGGGCUCGAACUAUCACAACAACACAAGCCACAACAGCUACAAUUAUAACAACAACAAUAGCAAUAACACAACUGGUACAACUGGCAGUUUUGCACGUGCGCACAAUUUGGUAAUAAAUGCACAGAAAGGCAGCAAUAACAGUAACAGCGCCUCAUCGUUUGGCAACCAACAACAACUGCAACAACAAUCUCGUUACAAAUACUAUAACAACAAUGCACAUGGAUUCAACACUUACGGCAAUAACAACAAUAGCGGUGGCGGGGAUGGUGCACGCCUUGACUAUCACAACAACUAUAAUUCCAAUUAUAACAACAACUAUAAUUUAAAUAAUAGCAGCAACAAUAAUCAUUCGUACCAACAAUACGGCGGCUAUCAACAGCAAAGCCAAUACCACUAUCACCACCAUCAUCAGCAACAGCAGCAUCAACAACAUCAACAGCACCAGCAGCAGCAACAGCAACAGCAGCAGCACCAGCAACAGCAACAGCAGCAGCAUGUAACUCCUAACACCAUGAGCGGCAGCGCCACGGACAAAUCGCGCCGCAAGUCAACUUCCUCAGUGCCACCUUCGGAGAAAUCCGAUUCUAGUGAUCUCGAUUCGGUGCAUUCUUUGCCUAUAGAAUCAACGGCAGCAUCUGCCUCUAAGAACAAACAACGUCUUAAGCCUGCCUCCUCCGCCGCGGCGACGCCCGAAACUCCGAAGAGCGCGACAAGCCUUGGUUCACCAGCGCCUGCGCCCAUUUCCUAUGCACAUAUUGCAGCCGCAGCAGCGGUUGAUCGUUGGCCCAGCUUGGAUGCAGCCAACAAUAACAACUCUUCGGCGACUGGCAACGGCAGCUUAAGUGUGGCCACUAGUACGGUUGAACAAUCACAACAGCACGCAGCCAAUGUGGACGCCACACCUGCCCCUCUGACGAACGCAAAUAAUGCAGCUGCCACCGCAGCAGUUGUUGCUUCCACAGCUGCAAGCUCAGCCACCAAGCCGGGUAAGAGUAAGAAGCUCGCUAGCAAGCCUGAUUUCCCAGAACUGGUAGCCACUAACGCGACGGCUACGGAUAUCGGUAAAGCCUCAGCUAACCCAUCUUCGGCCGCGGUCGCUUCAAAGACAAUUUCGUAUUCACAGAGUUUAGUCGCUGCGCCAGCUCAACAAUCGUCCAGCAGUGUAGGCAAUGCGCUCGUGGAAAAAACAGCCGGCGCAAUAGUCGAAGCAGCCAGUGGCUCGGGUAACAUCAAAGCCAGCAACACCGUCCCAGAUGUCAACAAAGUUGACAACAACAGCGUCAGCACAACCCGCAUACCUCAGCACCAAGCGACGCAACACCAACAGCAGCUGCAACAACAAACGCUACAUAAAUCGAAGAGUGUGGAGCACGACAGUUACAGCUUCAACAGCAGUAACUUGGACCAACAGUACCCGGCGCUGGAGAAAACCGUGAAGCGGCACAGCGCAACAAAUGUGUCGAUGUCACCACCGACGGCAGCUGGUUCAGUUAGCGGCGGCGGAAGUGCCAGCAGCAGUACUGCUGCUUUAGCCGCUACCUCAAUGCUACCAACCAACGCUACGAGCGUCGGCAAAUUCAAUUUCGCCGCAGCUGCCAAGCAGCUAGCUAGCAAAGGCGGUAUUGCACCUCAGCCAGUACCAAUGUCGCCGUCAAUUGCGACAGAGCCGCCAAGCGCAGAGCCAGCGUCACAAACAACCAACGUGGCUGCAACAACUACCUCAAACACGAAUUAUUCGAUGGCGACGGCAGCUUCACCGUUGGCAGCGUCAUCAUCAAAUGUGGCACCAUUAGCCGCAGCGACGCGCAAGGCAAAAGAAAAGUCGCCGACAUCGGUGUUUGUUCCAGCAACCAUCAACAUUGGUGUAGGGGCGCAGCCUACCACAAUAAACGCUCCUGAUGCUGCUGCUACUAACAUAGUCCGAAAGAACAAGAAAGACAAGGCGCAACCACUGUUGAGCGCUGAGGUGGCCGGUGAGCCACUCGGUCAUGUUGCACAAAAAUCCAGCACCGCCACCCAGACUCAAUCGACGUCGAUGGAUGUAGUGGUAAUGCCCAGCAAAACUAUUGCGCGUUCUCAGCCGGCAUUUGUGGUCGGCAGCGAGGUAGUUAUGACGACCCCUGCUUUGAGCAAAACGCAAAGACAGCAUGCGAGCAGCGUCGGCGGUAGCAACAAAACCAACGCAGUGUCACGUGGAACAGCCACUAUUUCAGCUACUGCGGGAGGGGCGACCACAGGUGGUGGCAGUGCCAGCAAUCGGCCCGCAGUCAUUAUUUUGAACGAUGAUCGCUCCGGCGACAGCAGCGCAACGGGCAUUGAGUUCACAUUCGGCGAUUUUAACGAGGACGAACUAAAGUUCUUUGAUGAAAGCGUCACCGAGGAGGAGUGCGCGGAUGGAUUUACGGGCGACGAACUGCCACAGGCAGCUUCUGAGGGUAAAGUGGCUACCAAAACUGCAUCCACAGCUACUUCGACAAAUACCGCCGCAUGCUUCAAUGAUUCUGGAAUAGCGUCCGAUAUUUCGAAUGCGAACAAUAUGUCAGCGUUUGCGGAAAGCUCCACAAUGUUUGCUGGUGUCUCAAUGGCGGAGCAUUCAAAUCCGCAACCUCCAAAUACUGCAGCUGGUACUGAGUCUGGCAAUAAAUUGAGAGUUCGUGCGGUGGAAAGUGAAGGCGACAAAGUCAAUACGCUCCCCGGUGUACAAGAUACUGACGAAAGCAAUGAAACGAUCAGCCAGGCGUCUGUGCCGGCCACACUCGACUGUGAACAGCUACAGCAGUCAUCGCAGCGGAGAAACAGUGAAACGCCACAGCUGCAACAGUUGGAAACUUGCAAUGAAAUUGAGACUGCGAUUUUGGCUGCGGCCCGUGCAGCUGCCGAGCAGCAACAUCAGCAACCAAUGCAGCCACCCCCAGCGCAACAGCAGCGCUCUUUUAGGCAAAAACAUCAGCAGCAACAGUACAGAAGUACUUCUUAUGGCAAUGCCAACAUCGGCUAUGAGCCGACACACCCGCGCGAGCAGCGUUCACAGUCGUCAGCGUACGCCAGAGACGCACCAAAUCACUACCAGCCACAACAACAACCACAUUAUCAUACUUCAUACCAGCAACAACAACAGCAGCAACACUACCAUUAUCACCAAAGUGGCAGCAGCAACAGUGCUUCGCGCAGCCGCAGCAGUAGCAGCAACAACAAUACUAAUUCAUACGAUGCAUCGGGCCACACACCGCCGCCACAAUCGCCAAAUACUUCACCAUCUGUUGUGGUAAACAUCCAACGCAAAGAAUUCGACAUACAUUUCAUACCGCCAACAAUGUCGAACGCAUACAGCUCGUUGCAACACAAUGAGAUCAUUGUGGAUUUCAUUGGCUCCGCCUGGGAGGAAGUUGCUAAAGUGACGAAAUUCUACGAAGGACAAUAAAGCGCCGCCAAGGCAGCAGCA